AGACCAAGGCUAUGGCAACCAGGAGAAGCCAAACUUGGUCCUUCCUCUCGAACCGCGUAGGGGUCCCGGGAAAGCGGCCGGAAUCCGCGCGGCGUUCAUGGCGCUUUACGAGCUCUUCUCUCACCCGGUGGAGCGCGGCUACCGCGCGGGGCUCUGCUCCAAGGCCGCUCUGUUCCUGCUGCUGGCCGCCGCGCUCACGUACAUCCCGCCGCUGCUGGUGGCCUUCCGGAGCCACGGGUUUUGGCUGAAGCGGAGCAGUUACGAGGAGCAGCCGACCGUGCGCUUCCAGCACCAGGUGCUGCUCGUGGCCUUACUGGGACCGGAGCGCGGCGGGUUCCUGGCCUGGAGCACGUUCCCCGCCUUCAACCGGCUGCAGGGGGAUCACCUGCGCGUCCCGCUGGUUUCGACUCGAGAAGAAGACAGGAACCAGGAUGGGAAAAUGGACUUGUUACAUUUUAAACUGGAACUUCCCCUGCAGUCCACGGAGCACGUUCUCGGUGUGCAGCUCAUCUUGACUUUCUCCUACCAAUUGCACAGGAUGUCCACAUUCGUGAUGCAGAGCAUGGCGUUUCUCCAGUCCUCCUUUGCUGUUCCAGGGUCCCAGUUGUAUGUGAACGGGGACCUGAGGCUGCAGCAGAAGCAGCCUCUAAGCUGCGGUGGCCUCGAUGUCCGAUACAAUGUGUCUGUAAUCAAUGGGACCAGCCCUUUUGCCUAUGACUACGACCUCACCCAUGUUGUUGCUGCUUACCAGGAAAGGAAUGUAACCACCAUUCUGAUGGACCCCCACCCCAUCUGGCUGGUGGGAAGGGCAGCCGAAGCUCCAUUUGUGAUUAACGCUGUCAUCCGAUACCCGGUGGAAGUCAUUUCAUAUCUCCCAGGAUUCUGGGAAAUGAUAAAGUUUGCCUGGAUCCAGUAUGUCAGUAUCCUGCUUAUCUUCCUGUGGGUGUUUGAAAGAAUCAAAAGAUUUGUGUUUCAAAAUCAGGUGGUGACCACGAUCCCUGUCACAGUCAUGCCCCAGGGAGAAGUGUAUAAGGAGCACUUAUCAUAAGAAGACCAUUUCUGAGAACUAAGCAGGAUCCUGGCUACCUCAUUGUUGUCUUCUGAGAACUGCCAUCUUAAGUUUUUGCCAAGAGCCUGUGGACACAUGCCGGUGUGUGUACUUUUCCUACCAGAGACAAAGGACAAUCCUUUCUCACUUUUCUCUACACAAAUCCAUAUCUUCUAAGCACCUACAGACUCAUCAGGGACUAGUUUGUGGAAACAUCCAAGGGUUCCGGAAGACUAUAAUUUGCUUUUUUUUUUUUUUUUUUUGCCUUAGGCUUGAAUUUCAGGAGAAAACUACAAUCAGUUCAGACCUCUUGGAAAGAGUGCCAUCUCUGGUCAAGCAAAGACUUUUCCUCUCUUGAACUGAGAAACACGCUCUGCAUUUCUUCCCACUAUUGUAAACCACAUUUUACUCUUUUCAGGGCUCUCUUGUGAGAGAUACGCAAAUCAGUAGCACUUUCCACUCCUGAGCAUCUAAAUUUCCCAUUCAGAACUUUGGUUUCCAGCACUGAGAGGCCUUGAAGGGGAGAAUGGGAGCGAGAGAAGGGGAGCGCUCAAGAGCACAUGCACGCACACGUGUGCGGGUGGGCGACUCCAGGGCAUGAGCACCAUCCACCUGCCCCUGGUCUAACAGACAGUCGUCUGUCAUCAGCUCAGCUGAGCGGCCCUUAUUCCCUGCCCUGCUGUGGCUGGCUUGUUGCCCUGCCUUUCGCCCUGUCUGUGGCCCCUGGAAUAGCAGGCUUCAGCCACAGUGCUGUUUCGUUCACAAUCCCCUCAGCAACAGUGGGGGAAGUAAGGAUUGUAACCACAGUCUCUUUCUCUCUGGCCCUCCUCCAACAGCCGGGACACUUGCCACUCCUCGUCCUUGACAGCCCUCCCCCUUCUCGAAAAGGACGUGGGUGACAGAGGAGCUCUUGUUGGUAUUCGCUGCCACCGCCAACAAGGACAGAGUUUAUUUGGAGGGCCAGCGGGAAACCCAGCUACUUGUAUUUCCCUUGAUGAAGGAACAGGGUGCCGAUCAGAGUGAGCGGCUUUGGGGAGGACACACAAGGUGCAGUGAGGGGAUAAAGGGGAUGCUCGCCUAGGCCACCUAAUCUGGCCUGGCCAUUAGCAGAAUGACACGCAGUCCAGAAGGUUUAUCCUCUUGCUUAAGUGAGCGUCUGCAGGAUGGGACGGCUGAAAUGGGCCUCUGUUGCACAUGGAAGACUAGUUCUCCAUUCUUGGCCUGAGGAGAUGAGCUGUCCUCAAAGGACAAAUGGAUCUACUUUAUGAUCCCAAGAUAUCAUUGGCACUGGAGACAUGCUUGCUCUGAUUCAUGCAUCAUGCCCACCCACAAACACACUCCUCACUAUAUGCCUCAGUUUACCUUGGAGAUGCAGUUCUCAUUUCCAAAGCACCUUUUCUUUCAGGCUGACCAAAAUAACAGCUCUUUUGAAGUAGUCAAGCACAAAAAUAGCUUACCACUGGCCCCUCUGCCUUUUCUUUUAAUAUCUAGGGCUGUUUAUAUACCUAAACAUUUUUUCUUGAGCUAUAAAUGAAAAAAAAACAAAACGGUCUCUGGUUUGAAUCACGAGAAGGUAAUGAGCUAUGGAAAGAUAGCUAAAGAUGUGACUAAACACUGCUUCGCGUUUUGUUAAAUUAUUUUAAUGCAAAAUUUGUAUAAAGAACCGUGAUGUUUUGUACCUUUCUAAUUAAAAUAUUCAAAAUGGAA